AUGUUUGGCCUGGUCUCCCAAAAAGAUUUCAAAGCUUUUUUUUUUCGCAUUCGAAACCAGGUUGAUUUCAAAAACCGACUCAAGACAUUCACCGAUAAGAUCACCACCGCUCAAGAUGCCUGUAGAAUGAGCGAGACAAUCAAAGCGGCAAAGAAAGAGGCCGAACAGGCAAAGAAAUCGGCUAGGCUCCAAGCUUUGCCGGGAAUCAAUAUUGCCUUUACUUCGACCGGCCUUGAAGCUCUCGGAGCGUUUGUAAAUGUCAGAGACCAAGAGCUGGUAAAAAGGGACAGAAAGCUUUCUCCAAUCUUCCGGAAGCAACAACUCCGUGGUGGACUCUUUGAAAAGGGUAUGUUUAGUGAUCUUGUCGGAGAAGGGUGGGACAACCCCCAAGAACUUCGAAAAGAAUACCAGCCCACCAGUGACCAGGAGAGACUCAUUGAUGGCGUGAUCAUGGUGACCUCAAGCUUGAAGUCCGAUUUGGAUGCGAGGGUCAGCGAGGUGAAGCAACACUUCCUGGCCGAGGAGGGAGUACCUCUCAAUCCAGACACCUAUGUCAUCAGCAGGGACCCUUCCAUAGAGUUGACCCUCGUGAGAGAGGGAAAGGUCCGCCCCGGUCUUAACAAAGGAAAGGAGCACUUUGGGUUCAAGGAUGGAAUCAGUCAGCCUAUCAUCGAGGGCUGGGAUGAAAGGCAACCACAGGGCAAGGAGCCAAAAGCCGCAAAGCCAGGAUUGAUCCUUUGCGGGCACGAGGGUGACAAGCAGGCCCAACCGGCUUGGGCAAAAGACGGUAGCUUCCUUGUUUUCCGUGACCUUCAGCAACUCGUUCCUGAAUUCGACACGUUCAUGGAAGAAAAUGCCCACCUCGCCCCUUUUACCCAGGACCACCCCAAGCCAGGCGAAAAGCUUGCGGCACACUUGAUGGGACGAUGGAAGAAUGGAACCCCUGUGGAUGAGUCUCCUCACGAUGAUUCGGAUUCAAACCUCUUCUCGUCAAACAACUUCGAUUACCACCCCAUUAAUGAGCACAAAAAGUGUCCUUUUGCUGCCCACACCCGCAAGAUGAGACCUCGUGGUGACAUGAAUCACGACCAUGCCGUCAUUUGGCGUCGUGGCAUUCCUUAUGGCGAAGAAGUUACAGCAGAAGAAGCGGCCGAUCGGAAAUCGGCUGCAGAUAAGGAGCGUGGACUUCUGUUUGUCUGCUACCAGAGCGAUAUCCGAAACGGAUACAACUUCUUGACUACCCGCUGGGCAAGCAACCACCACUUCCCUGACGACAAGACUCACGUAGUUGGUGAGCACGGUCCAGGUAUUGACGCUAUCGUGGGUCAAAGACUCGAGCAUCACCCGCCUCGCUCAUUCGGCCUUCCUGAUCACAAUGGAACCUCCGGGGACCGUAUGCCUUUGGAAAGCUGGGUUGUUCAGAGGGGAGGAGACUACUUCUUUGUGCCUUCUAUCUCGGCGUUGCGGAAAGAGCUUACGGGUCCUGGUAUCUUUGAUCAAGCGGCACUGGAGCGCCUUCGUGAGGAGAACGCCUAG